ACAACUUCAACAGAUCAAAAUGGGAAUUUUUGGUGGUAACAGUGGACCUUCAGUGUCUUCAGAAGACAAGAAAAAUGUCUUCAUGAAACAAAUCCGUCAAGAGCUUGCUGUUGCUCAAGCCGGUGAAUUAAUCAGCAAAAUCAACGAAAGCUGCUUUGACAAGUGUGUUCCUCAACCGGGAAGCUCCUUCAGUGGUAACGAAAAGGUAAGUGAAACUGAUUCUGCACUGAAGUGUACUAGGAUGUUAUAUUAACUUUUUCAAGGCUUGUGUUUCAAAGUGCAUGGAACGAUACAUGGAUGCUUGGAACGUUGUUUCUCGAACUUACAUUUCUCGUAUGCAACAUGAACAAAAAAAUCUUCAGUAGCUUCAUAGGACAUACGCUCAAUAUAUUUACUAGUCAAU